AUGACUCGAUCCGAGGUUGCAGAGAGAAAGAGCCACAAGAGCCGCAAGCACCAACACAAUGGUCACAGCGGUUCAAGCGACCUGAGCGACGCCGAAACCGCGAGCCAGUCGUCCAGUAAGCGGGAUUCCAAGAAGCGCAAAGGCGGCGACGAUGAUGCCAAAGUCAAUGGCCAUCCCGCCAAAAAGCUGCGCCGCCCAAGCUUGAGCCAGCCGGCGCGCGACCCUCGCGACACAACUACCGCCAAGCCGUCCAAGAAGAAGUCCAAGGCCAAGUCUGAGGGAACAGUGACGAGAUCCCCGAGCCCGGUGAUUGACUUUGAUGGCCUGAGUCGCCCAAGCCUCGGAACUCGCGAGCGACUCGAAGAAUCUCCCGAGCAAGCCGCCGUCCGUCUCGACAAACUCAAGGGCGCUGUCCGUACGAUUCUCGAGUGCGUCGGCGAAGACCCCGACCGCCCGGGCAUUCUCGACACCCCGAGACGCUACGCUGAGGCCAUGCUCUUCCUGACCCGCGGCUACCAGCAGAAUGUCAAGGACAUUGUCAACAACGCCAUCUUCCAGGAGGGCCACAACGAGAUGGUCAUUGUCAAGGACAUUGAGAUUUUCAGCAUGUGCGAGCACCACCUCGUGCCCUUCACCGGCAAGAUGCACAUUGCCUACAUCCCAAAGAACCAGGUCAUUGGCCUUUCGAAGCUGCCCCGCAUCGCCGAGAUGUUCAGCAGGCGUUUCCAGAUCCAGGAGCGCCUGACCAAGGAGGUGGCCUACGCCAUCAUGGAGAUCCUCAAGCCGCAGGGCGUGGCUGUCGUCAUGGAGUCCAGCCAUCUAUGCAUGGUGAUGCGUGGUGUGCAGAAGACGACGGCGAGCACAAUCACCAGCUGCGUGCUGGGUGCGUUCGAAAAGAAGGAGAAGACCCGUAAUGAAUUCCUCAGCUUGGUGGGGUUAAAGACUUAA